CGUCAGUCCUGCCCCUCAAUCGACAUCAUCCCGCCUUUGGUGCGCUGGAUGGACCUGCCUUCUAUCAUGCCUGUUUCGUUUUGGCUUUUGACGGAGUAAAUUCUCAGACCCCAGUUAUAAAUUCCCGCCUUCCCCCCUGUCCCUUUCUUCUAUCUUCAACAUCCAAAACCUCUCUCCCAACUCUAAGAAAGUUCCUCGAUUUACAACUACUCACAAUGUCGAACCUUGAGCACACCAAGAAGACCUACACCCUGAACACCGGGGACAAGAUCCCUGCCUUGGGUCUUGGUACCUGGCAGUCCAAGCCCAACGAGGUCCGUGAGGCCGUCAAGAACGCUCUCCUGAAGGGUUAUCGUCACAUCGACACUGCCCUUGCCUAUGGCAACGAGGCUGAGGUUGGUGCUGGUAUCAAGGACUCCGGCGUUCCUCGUAGCGAGAUCUGGAUCACCACCAAGCUCGACAACCCCUGGCACCACCGCGUUCAAGACGGUAUCAACUCGUCUCUGAAGGACCUCGGCGUUGACUAUGUCGACCUCUACCUUAUGCACUGGCCCAGCUCGACUGACCCCAACGACCUGAAGAAGCACUUGCCCGACUGGGACUUCAUCAAGACCUGGCAAGAAUUGCAGAAGCUCCCUGCCACCGGCAAGGUCAGGAACAUUGGUGUUUCCAACUUCGGAAUCAAGAACCUUGAGAGACUUCUGAACGACCCCAGCACCAAGAUCAUCCCUGCCGUCAACCAGAUCGAGCUGCACCCCAACAACCCUUCGCCCAAGCUGGUUGCCUACAACACCUCCAAGGGCAUCCAUUCCACCGGCUACUCCUGCCUGGGCUCCACCAACUCCCCCUUGUACAAGGAUCCUACCCUCUUGCAGCUGGCUGAGAAGAAGGGCCGGACUCCCCAGCAGGUCCUGCUUCUGUGGGGUCUGCAGAAGGGAUGGAGUGUCAUCCCCAAGUCCGUCAGCAAGUCUCGCAUUGACGCCAACUUCGAGAUUGACGGUUACGAGUUGACGGAUGAGGAGAUCAACCAGCUCGACAACCUGAAGGACCGUUUCAAGGUCUGCGGUGAUGACUGGCUCCCCAUCAAGGUCUUCUUUGGCGAUGACGAGUAAAUGCUUCCUUAUUUAUGAUAUCCCACGUAUCUAGACGAAAGUUACCAAAUUCAAUUGUAAAUAUAUUUGAGACGAAUAAACUAGUGAUGCUGAUAGCACUGUAAAAUUGACUUGUAGUGGCGGUGGGACAGUAAAACUCGCGAAAGGAGGCAAGUCAGUGCUCCGAGUCCGACGGAGCAGCGCCAGACAAUCGGAGUGGAUAACCCCGGUCAUGUGACACCCGAUAAGAGCACGUGUGGGUCAGGCGCCUGCACCGCCACUGGUUGCCGUCAUCAUCAGGCAUCC